AAAGAAAAUUAUAUACAGCCUCUUGUUAUUUGAUUCUUCAUUAUUAUGGAUUGGUUGGCGUUUCUGUUUUGUGUUUUAAUAUGGGCGUUACACGUGUCGAAUACUCAGUCACAAGGUUCUACCAACACAGAAUCUGCCAUCAACGUCCCGUGGCUGCGCAAGAGUACAUGCCAAACUCCUACUACAGUUGAUAAAUGUAUUCAAUGCACGUGUGACGAUGGAGUGCAGACCUGCAGAAAUGUGUGUCAUACUCUCGAAUAUCGAAGGAAAGGAAGCGAAUGCUUUAGUGGACAGCGGAUUCCGGAUCCCGAUGGAUGCAAUACUUGUAUUUGUUUUGAAGGAGAGAUACACUGCACGCGCAACCAAUGCGAUUAUGAACACGAUUAUGAAGGUAAAGAAUGUACUGUACCGAAGUAUAUUUUGAAACCAGAUGGAUGUAACUUCUGCUUUUGCUCGCCUGAAGGGAGAUUGAAAUGCAGCAAUGAAAUCUGCAUACCAGAGUUUCAGUGUAGCAAGGAUAAGACUGGAAUAUUUCGACCAGACCGCUGUAACGUGUGUGCGUGCGUGAAUAAUCGCCUGAGGUGCACGGCCAACAAAUGUUUAACAGCGAUAACUGAACCAAGUCUUCCACCAGCUUUAAGUUCAAUGAUUGAUCCACAAAUAAAAAUGAGAUUUCAAGAAGACGAAGGACAAACUCCACUACCGCAUAAAUGUACCAAUACCAUUUGUUGCCAUUGUCUUAAACGAAUGCUAGCAGGCUAUGUGGGAUCUUCUUCAGAAAAUUAUGACGACUUGUUCAAUGAAGACACACAAAAUCAAAAAAAUAUAUCAAGGGGUCCAUUAUUUGAUAUCAUUGCUCAGAUAUGCAGUAAAAACCAGUCAACUGUUGAACAAAGUCAUGCUUAUCAUGGUUACAAACAAGAAGCUAAACUGCAUUCUAAUAGUUUAUCAGAAGACAAAAGUAAAUUAAUAAAAAUAUUGGCCACUUUAUCAAAUAAUCCUACACUUGGUGAUAUAAGUGAUAGAUUUUCCUCAUCACAACCAGAAUAUGCUCAAAAAAAUUAUCAAAGUAAUAAUUUUCAAAACCUCGCAACGGAAUAUUUAAUAAAACCACCGUCAACUGUAAACUACUCGACUAAAUUAAUUACUGCAAGCUCCCAAAGUAAUCAAACAAAUUUAGUUGUCCCCGAUAAGGAACCUUUGUAUCAGGACUCGUUUUUGCCAACAGAAGGCCGUCAUGAAAUCGUUUCAAAUUCAGUUUCUCUCUCUGUUCCAGAAUAUCCUAAAGAUAUUGAUAAAGUUUUCCCGUUUAGCGAUGAGAACGAAAAAUUGAGCAAUGAUUAUUCUUCUCUGACUAUAAAUCCAAUGGAUGAGCCUAGAAUUAUUUCUAAUUCAUUACAAUUUGGACCCUCAGAUCAACAUACCAUUAUACCAGUAAUGUCUAUCCAAAAUACGGAAAGCAUAGCGAAUAACAAAAUCCAAUCUCUUAAUUUUGUGCCACAAAAUGUACCAAACGCAGAAGCCGUAACUUCAGAUGAAUAUCAUCAAUACAAGCCGACUAUGAAUAUCAUCAAUAACUCUGCUAAAUCUAUUAUAGAAAAUAAUGACGAGAAAUCAAUGAUUGAUGAAAUUAACCAAAUUAUACAGCACACGUUACAAACUCAGCUUGAACCAAAUCCAGCACUAAACAAUAUGUAUCAAUUGAAACAACAAGAAGAUUACCAAAAUCCUAACAUACCCCAAAUACAUGAAAAUAAUAAUUUUGAAUCACUUUCAUUACAAAAAAGUCUGAAUCAAUAUAAUGAUUCCUCUAUUCAAGUUGAAACAGAAUCCGAUUUAACAAGUCAAGUUAUUUUAAACAAAAUAGAGGAUGCAUUACAAAUUAAGAGUCCUGUUACUGGCUCAACGUUGGUCCAAGAUCAAAAUCAACUGAAAGAUAUAUCAAUUACAAAUUAUCAUGAUAUGAGCCAGAUAGUACCAAAUUAUAACUUUGAUCAGGAUGUUAAUCGUACACCUCAGAACACCAGAAUACCACCACAAAGUAACAGGGGUUCCUCUGAUUUUCAUGAUAAUCAGUAUUUGCUCAACCGUAAUCCGAGUCUUCAAAUAAACCAUCAGCCAAAUGUACCGGCCCGAUUUUUACUUCCGCCUAGGUCACAAUUUAAGCCCAGAUCAUUUUACACUCAUAAUGUGCAUGAAAGGAGACCUCGACCCGUUUUUGUACCAAAUCAAGCUCGGCCUCCCAUGCUUCAUAAUAAUAUUGCCCAAUCUCAGUUAUACCACAGACUCAUUCCUACAUCACAAAACUUCCAACCUUCAAAUAAUUUAAUAGCUUAUAGACCAAAUUCUCCAAAUCUUAUCCGUGAGCCUCUAAAGCUUCAGCAAUUUCCGCACGGUGAUACACUUGUGCAUGGUUCUACGUAUAAUGGAAACUUGCACAGCGGUGAAACCACACUAAAUAAAGACCAACCAUAUAAAUAUGUGGCCCUACCAGACCUUACCGACCCAUUACUAGCUGAAGUAUAUCAACAAAAGAAUGGACGGCUAAAUGGUCAUCCUCGCAUUCAUCCUUAUACCAUGCACCCAAAUAUCCAGAGUCAGCCACAUAAUGUUGCUCAUGUUCCUUUAAAACAUAUCACACAAAUGCCCAAGCCAGCUCGACCUAUCUUACUCCCACAAAAGCAAAUUGCCAUACAACAGCCAUCAGCACAGCACAGUAAACUAGUAUGGGAGGGUCAAAGAAGACCCCUUAAUCCAUUUAGGUAUCCACAUUAUUUAGAUCCAAAUCCUUCACACCAAAAAAACUUUCAAUAUUCACCUUCUCAAAUGAUACCUAAUCGACCAGUAUUUGGCAGUAGUGAACUUUCCAGUGAAAUACAAUACUCACCCCGUCCUACUCGACCCGUUAACUUCCCAUAUAAACGUCCAGAGAAUGAAAAAAAACAAUACUAUAAUAAACCAGACCAGAUGCUAGGUCAGUUUAAACAACAAAAUGGAUUAUACAAAAGUAAUAACUAUGAAUCAAUUUUUGCUCUAAUGCCAGGACAAUUUCCUAAUGCCAAUGUUGCAAAUCAAUUUCAAAACAAAGGUGCACCACGACCUAAUCUUCAUCCGGGAGUUACAGAUAAUCCCAAAUCUCCUGUUACGAUGCAAUAUGUUGUAUCCGAUCCUCCCAAAGAUACUGAAAACAUAAUUAACCAUAAGUAUCCUGAUACAGAUGAAAAUGAAUAUCAUGACAAUCAGAAAGAUGCGGGUCUGUUGGUUCAGUCUGAUGAUCACGAUCAAUAUAUAUCACCUUCAUCCUUAGAAAGCCAAGUGAAUGAUAUUUUUUGGAACAACAAUAAUGAAAAUUUGCUUCAGGCCACUACUUCUGACCAAUCGCUUAUGAUUAAACUCGACAGUGGCCAUCAACAAGAGAUCGAUAAGAUAUUUAAUGACUAUGAGGAUAUGUCUGAAAAUCAAAAUAGCGAAAUUGAUUUGGAAAUGAAAAGUUCUUACAAAGAAUAUAACUCUGCACAAAAUCAAGACGAACUGCCAUUAACCGAUAGUUCAGUUAGCGACAUUGAGGAAAAUAAAGACGUAUAUAAUUUCGUUGACGAGUUUUACAAAGUUACGCCUAACCCAAUUCAAGAUGAACCUGUGGCAUUGACUACUUCAAACAACCCUUCCUUAAAUUUAUAUAGUUCCAUUGACGAGUUCUACAAAGUUAUGCCUAACCCAAUUCAAGGUGAACCUGUGGCAUUGACUACUUCAAACAACCCUUCCUUAGAUUUUCAUGACCAAGACGAACAAGUAGAUGCUUAUAAAACAACUACAGAUUUCGAAGAAUCUUUGUACGACUCAGUAUCUACUAAUGGCCAAAGUCCUCAAGAUUUUGAAUUAAAAUUGAAUGAGAUGGAUCUAUCCGAUGUAUCACAAUCCUCAAAUCCACAAGAACCCUCGUUUGUUAAAAGAAUGGAAUUAAAUGAAACAACUACAGCUACAACUGCAAAUUGGUUGGAGAAUAGUACUGAAGAAAUCUAUAAUACGACUGAUAGCUUAAGUACAUUGUCAGAAUUUUCAGAAAAUCUAUCUACAGCAAACAAUAUUGUAGAUAAAAUGCUGUAUAGCAGUUUAACCACUGAAGAAUUACAAACAAUAAUAAAUGAUGUCAAAUCAGAAUUAGAAUCAAAGGUUCAGUUUGAUAACAAUAACGAAACGGACUUUAUAUAUGACCGCUUUUUAGAUGAUGCUCCUACAUUUUCUGAAGACGGCGGGAUGAUAGAAUCUGCAGAAAACCUACUGGAAAUUCACACUACAUCAGAAGAUUCAAAUGUGAAAGACAUUGAAACAAUUACUAACUUUAAAGAAAUUGAUUCAACUACGACAGUAGCUGCAGUGAAUCUUGAAACUUCUUUGUUGCCAAAAAUAUUCAAUUCUCGAGUAAUAUACAAACAGAAAGAUCAAAUAGAGGAAUGUGGCGAAGGAACGCAAUGGAUUAGAAACUGUUAUGGUUGCUCCUGUGAAAACGGUAAAGCAGUAUGUUAUAAAUUGCCUGCUUGUGUACUAAGAAGUAUUGGAGAGCCGAUGACAUGCAAACCUUAUUCUCGAUUCAAGAUGGGUGACUGCUAUACUUGUGUAUGCAAUGGCGAUGGUGUAGCCGAAUGUGAUUCCACAGGCUGUACGAAAGAGAUAGGAAAUGAAAUGCUGGCUGUUGGAGAAAAACCGAAUAAUCCAGAAGAUUCAACAGAGGCUGGGUUAGCCUACAAACAAUACCAUGAUGAGAAAAAAACUGAUGAGCAAUAUUAUUCAAGCGACAAAAAGUUGCCCAAGGAAUGUACCAAGCAAAUCGUUUAUCCGACUUGUGAGCCGGGCACGACUUGGAUCAGUGCUUGCCAUCGCUGUGAAUGCAAAAAUAACAGUAGACAUGAAUGCACUCCAGUUGAUGGUUGCGAAUUGGACGUUCUUAGGAAGGGGAAACCGAGUCGAUGCAAGCCGAAUUCUAAGUUCUACCCAAAGACGACCGGCAUGCCUUGUGUUGAGUGCUACUGCAACGACGAAGGAAUCCCUUUCUGCCCAACGCCUAACAAAUAAUCAUUAUUGUAAUAUAACUUUAAUUUUGUACGUAUGUCUAUGUUAUUCCUGAUGAUGACAUUAUUUGACUUUUUAUAUGUUUCGUAAGAAAUGUUGCUGUUUAUGACCGAUUCUUUUUCAUUAAAGCCCAAAAAGUUUUAUAUUAAUAAUUCAUUGAAUUUAUAUACUUCAAUGACUGAUAUAUAAAGGCUAAAUGAGAAGGAAUCGGUUAUAGAUAAGAUGGAUGUAAAAGAGCUUAAUAAUGAUUUCAAACAUGUAGUGUUUAGGUUAGGUAGAAAUCUUUCCAGAUUAUUCUAAAAACGAAUUAUUGUAAAUAUAAUAAAAUGAAAUACGAAUUUAGAAUAAAGACUCGUACUGAUAAUUUGAAAAAAAUAUAUAUAAUGUAGAUGGAUUUUGCGUUAUGACAUCUCCGCUAGUCAUUUUGUUUUCUAUUGUGACCAUCGGUAAUUUUGUAGAGAAAAUUCUAAAGUGCCCACGAUAGUAUAACACCUUUUAUAUACACAAAGAAAAUUCAAACAAAACCUGAGUAAAAAUGUAGUUUAAUUUACUAACGAGCUGGCCAAUGGCUAGCUAGCAAGUUUUAUAAAUAAAAUAUAGCUCGCCAGCAAAAUAAAAGGCGUUGCUUUGGCCGUGUUCCCUUGAACGUAAUAAAAAUGAAUGUUUAAUUCUUG